UCUCUUUUGUGUUUACUUGCUUCUUUCGUCGCUAAAUAUGAGUGUCCUCGUACUAAACUGUACGCACUCGCCUGCUCUGUUCCAAGUCGCAAGACACCCCGAAGGCCACCCAGCCAACGUAACAGCUGUGCAUCACGUCUACCAAGUACUUCCGCUUGGUCGACCUUGAGAAGCGCAACACUGUGGACAGUUUGUGAUUCAUCGUGGAUUGUCGCGCUCACACCGAAAGGUCUCUUUGUCGAGGAGCACCCUGGAAGCCCAAGGAAGCUCCUCGCAGUCACUGGCAGAGACGCGUCCAACGACUUCAAAUCCGUCGACUGCCCCUACUCCGCCAAAGAGGAGAUGGAGUGGCGCUACAGUGGCAACCACCACCCUGAUGAAGUGUCUCAGCUGAAGGAGUCUUUCCAGGGAACAUAGAGAAACGUCGCCGGCACCGUCGCCAUUUUUAUCUUUCUCGCCAUUUGUUUCUGCUUCACCCUUCGUUCUCAGUAA